AUGGGGCCGUUUGGCUGGAGCGCUGAGUUCACCAGCGAAGAUGUGUCGGACAUGCUGGUGCAGGCAGGCAUCGGCCUGGACCUGCCCGUGAUGGCGCAGUGCCUGGCGCUGGCGCUGGACACAGACCGAGAGAUGGUCUUCAAAUUCGGUGCGAGGGAGGAGCAGCUGCACCUCGACACCACAGUUGAGGCGCCAGGCAUCUGCUCUGACCCCAUGCCAUUCAGGCUGCCCCCAGACGGGACCAUGCGCACCAUGGGGCGGCCAGAGGCCGACACAAUACUCAAACGCAUCGUCCAGCUGCUCGUCCAGCACCACCGCGAGACGGACCAGCGGCGGCUGCAGCUGCAGGCUGCGCUGCAAGGAGCUUCCCAGCGCAGCGCCGCGUUCGAGGGCGCCGCGCGCCAGCUGCACGCGGCGCUCGGCGCGCUGCUGGCAGAGCGCAACCCGCACCUGGGCAUAUCAGCGGCGGCCGCAACGUCCCUGCAGCACGCCGGCGAUGGCGGCGGCAGCGCCGGCACCACGCCCGAUGGGAAGCGGCGGCGCGUUGACAAGGAUGGGUCCCCAGGCUGCCAGGUGCGGCAGCCCGUCGCCAGGAUGGGGGCUCUCUGGUCUCAGGUGGGCAGCCAGUCGCCUGGAGGCGCCCCAAUUCAUGCAGCGCUGGGGAGCCGAGAAUCGACGCAAGCAGCGGCGGCCCAAGGGGCUCUGCUUGGUCGCGGCGGCAGCGGCUUCGCAGUGGGUCCUUCUGGCGGUAGCCAGCCGUUUGAUUUCGGUGCAACAGCGGCACCUGCGCCUGCGGCCGCUGGCGCCGGGUCUGGGGCCGGCGGCGCCACUGCAGCCGCCGCGGUGUGGGCAGGCCGGGUGCCGCGCAACCCCAGCGGCGUGGCCCGGGCCGGCAGCGGCGGGGGCGGGGGUGCUGGGGGUGCAGGGAGCGGCAGCGGCGGCGGUGGCGCCGGCAACGUGCGUAUGAAGCUGUCCGCAGCGGAGCGCGCCGCAUACGACGCAUACCGGCGCGUGGAGCGAUCGGGGCUGCUGCUCUGGCAUGCGCCUGAGCACACGACGGCCUGGGAGGCCGGCGGGGGCGACGAGGGGGGCCCGCUGCGGCCGGGCAGUGUGGCCGAGCCUCCCGCGCAGCCAGUGGGGCCAGCGGCGGACGCCCAGCCUGUAAAAGGGGUAGACGAGGCGUCGGCUGCGGGCGGGCCGCAACCGGCGUUGUUGGAGGCGACCCAGGGCCUUGGGGUGUGCAGCGAUGCGGGCGCAGCCGGCACGCUGCCCGCGGAUGUUGCGCCGGCGAUGGCGCCCACCCAGGAGGGCGCCGCGGCAGCCAGCUCAGACGCGGCCGAGGCGGCGGAGGCGGCGGCGCCCCAGGAGCCGGUGCCUGACCGAAAGGUCGUGGCGGGGUCCAGGCGCGGCGGCAGGGGCCGAGGAUGGCGUAGGUACUGA